AGAGGAUCGAGGUGGGCAGGGUCGGCAUGACGGACUGUACCAGAACGUUCUAGUAGCCGGAGCAGCUGCUUCACGUUCGGCGCCAGAAGUUUCUAGCUGUCCGGAGCAGCUGCUCCGUGUUCGGUUUGGACGUUUCUCCAUUUAGUUUUUUUUUUUUUUUUUUAACCGGAUAAAGUCGCUCCGUGGAGGCUUCAGUGAACCCUGCAGGUCGGACUGUAUCCAGCUAGCAGGCUGAGUCUGUUUACAUUGGGGCUAACGGAGGCUAACGGCUAAGCUACAUCCACAGACUGUUUACAUUCAACCGGUUGAGUAGCUAACGGCUAAUUAACAGGCUAAGCUACAUCCACAGACUGUUUACACUGGGGCUAACACGGUAGCUAACGGCUAAGCUACAUCCGAAGACCGUCUACAUUCGACGAAUUGAGUAGCUAACGGCUAACAAGCAGUCUGAGCUACAUCCAUAGCCUGUUUACAGUAGAUCGGUAAACAGGCUAACAGCUAACUAGCCCGCUGAGCUAGAUCCAUAGCCUGUUUACUUUAGCUCGGUUGAGAGACUAACGGCUAACUAGCAGGCUGAGCUACAUCCAUAGCCUGUUUAUAGUAGAUCGGUAAAGAGACUAACAGCUAACUAACCCGCUGAGCUACAUCCAUAGCCUGUUUACAUUCCACCGGUUAAGAAGCUAACGGCUGUCUGCGGGAUGUUCGGCUGCCUGGUCGCCGGUCGGUUGGUUCAGACCGACGCCGUGCAGGUCUCCCCGGACAAGUUCGUGUUCAACCUGCCGGACUACGAGAACGUGAACCACGUGGUGGUGUUCAUGCUGGGCACCGUCCCGUUCCCCGCCGGGAUGGGCGGCGCCGUCUACUUCUCCUUCCCGGACCCGGCCAGCGGCGGCCCGGUGUGGCAGCUGCUCGGCUUCAUCACCAACGACAAGCCGAGCGCCAUCUUCAAGAUCUCCGGGCUGAAGGCCGGCGAGGGCGGGGCGCACCCGUUCGGCGCCGCCUCCUCCGGGUCUCCCUCCGCGGCGCAGGUCGGCGUGUCGGUGGAGGCCCUGGAGCAGCUGGUCCAGCAGAUCCCGGUGAGCAGCGCCGCCGUGUCCACCGUGGACUCGUUCCUGCAGUUCACCCAGAAGAUGCUGGACAGCUUCUACAACUUCGCCUCGUCCUUCGCCGUGUCCCAGGCCCACAUGACCCCGAACCCCGGGGAGACCUUCAUCCCGUCCAGCUGCAUCCUCCGCUGGUACGAAAACUUCCAGAGGAGGAUGGCGCAGAACCCGAACUUCUGGAAGAACUGAACCGGGUCGGACCGCAGACAGCAGCCCCACAGUGCCUUCAUGAAGUGCUGCAGCUGGACUUUAAGACUUUAAAGCAGAGAAACACCUGAACAGGUAGACGGACUCCUGGAGAAGAACCUGUUUGGUCCUGAAGGUCUGACAUGACGUUUAAAUCGAUGCCAUAAAUGAAAUAAAAACACUAAAACAACAGAUAUCAGAAUAUGGAAGUUUUGCAGCGUGUUUGUUUUAUUCAUGGGAUUUGUAGUUCUUUGAUUAGUACUGCAUUUUUGUAGUUUUUUGAGGGUUUAUUUCUCUGAUUUCCGCAUCCUGCUGCAGAUAGUUUCUAUUUCAAAUUGAUUUUAUUGUUUUUGAAACCAUAAAAGUGAAUUAUUUUAUUUGAUGAGCGUUGAUUCGUGAUGUUUGUGUGUUUUCUGAUUUUAUUUGGGCUUUUAUUGUGGCAGUCUAGACUUUUUGUCUUGUGCCAAACCUGAAAAACUGAGUUUACCGAGAAAAUAAAUGAAAUCUUUUGAAAAUGUCUUUAAUAA